UCAGUGCCCAUGAUGUUAUAUAUGUGUGCUUAUACAUUCUUUAUAGAUCUAUUUCAAACUACAGAAAUAAGACUGACUCCAUAUCCAGUGGUAGAAGGUGAUCACAUGACCCUGACGUGUUACACAAGUCUAAGUCCGCUAAAACAAACAGAGCUGCAUUUUGCGUUCUAUAAAGAAGGACGAAGCAUUCAAAGAUUCAGUUCAUCUAACCAACAUGGAGAUCGCUGUGCGCAACUGGAGGAUUCUGGGAAUUACUCCUGUGAAGUCAAGGCUUUAAACAACAAUAUUAAGAAAACAAGCAAAGAGCUCCAUGUGCUUACACAAGAACUCUUCUCCAAACCAUACAUUACAGCAAUCCCGUAUCCCAUGGUAGAAGAAGACCACGUGGCUCUUGUAUGUAACACAAGUCUGAGUCCGAUCAGACAGGAGACACAACUGCUCUUUGCUUUCUAUAGAGAUGGGCGGGAUGUCCAGGGAUUCAGUUUAUCCGACCAAUAUGAAGUCCAUUCAGCCCAGCUGGAGGAUUCUGGGAAUUAUUCCUGUGAAGUGAGGACAUCAGCCAACAGUGUAAAGAAGAGGAGUGAAGAGAUAAGUAUCUACGUUCAGGGUACAAAGCACAGAAGAUACGAGUUGAUGAACAUAACAAGACUUGUGGCAGCUUUCGUUAUAUAUGUUGCCUGCUGUUUUAUCGCCUUUAAAUACUGCUAAGAGGAAACUACUAUUGGCCUGUCUGGGGAAACUUAUUGGAUAUAUUAUUUAUUUUAAGGAGACUAGUUUGGAACAAGUGGUUAAGAUCAUUUCAGUUGAGACGGAAUGGUUAGAAGUUUCCAUUUGCUGUAUGUUACUUCACAGAGUACAUACAGUAUGGGCUAGAUUCAGUAACCCUUAUGA